UGUUCCGGGUCGGCCUUCCUGAUUUCAUGGGAGCAACAACUCAUCGCUCCUCUCCGAUCAGUUCCAUUCACAUAUACUUGAAUACCUCUCUAUUCUGUCAGCAACAUGCCUUUAAAAUUCGAACUUUGCCCUGGUAGGAUGAUCGGAGCCAACCACCCGUGCUUCAUUAUCGCUGAAAUUGGACAAAACCAUCAGGGAGACAUCGAGCUCGCUAAGAAAAUGAUCAAAAUGGCAAAGGACUGCGGUGCUGAUUGUGCCAAGUUCCAGAAGAGUGAGCUGGAGUACAAGUUUAACAAACGUGCUUUAGAGCGUCCUUACAAGACCAAAAACUCGUGGGGGGGAACAUAUGGUGAACACAAGCGCCACCUGGAGUUCAGCCAUGAGCAGUACAGGGAGCUGCAGAAGUACGCCAAGGAUGUGGGGAUCGUCUUCACUGCCUCAGGAAUGGAUGAGAUGGCGGUAGAGUUCCUCCAUGAGUUAAAUGUGCCUUUCUUCAAAGUGGGCUCAGGAGACACCAACAACUUCCCUUACCUGGAAAAGACUGCCAAGAAAGGGCGUCCCAUGGUGGUGUCCAGUGGGAUGCAGUCCAUAGAGACGAUGCGUCGUGUGUACAAGACUGUGAAGGAACACAACCACAAUUUUGCCAUCCUGCAGUGUACUAGUGCCUACCCGCUUGAGCCUGAGGAUGUUAACCUCAGAGUGAUCACAGAAUACCAGAAAGAAUUCCCCGAUAUCCCAAUCGGGUAUUCUGGCCACGAGUCUGGAAUCAGUAUUUCAGUGGCGGCUGUUGCUCUUGGGGCAAAGGUCAUAGAGCGUCACGUCACACUGGACAAGACUUGGAAGGGAAGUGACCAUGCAGCGUCUCUGGAGCCCUCUGAGUUGUCCGAGCUGGUUCGCUCCAUCCGACUGGUGGAGAGGGCGCUGGGAAGUGGCCUCAAGAAGAUGCUACCUUGUGAGAAGCCGUGCCGUGACAAGCUGGGGAAGUCGGUGGUGGCCAAGAUGAAGAUCACCAAAGGAACUGUUCUCAGUCUGGACAUGUUGGCAGUGAAGGUGGCCGAGCCCAUGGGCGUAGCGGCUGAGGACAUCUUCCAGCUGGUUGGCAAGUCUAUCACAGCGGAUGUAAGUGAAGAUGAGAGCGUCUUACCGGAGGUGGUGGACAGCUAUGGCAAGAAGGCCAAGUGCUGUGGAUAGAUGAGAGAUUUGCAAUGGGAAUAGAAGCACUUGAAUGGUGAGGACCUUAAUCAUGGGGACCUAAUUCGGUGGGUGAUUUGCUUUCAGAUAGUUUCAGUAAUCAGGAAGAAGAGGCGCUAAAUGUCUUCUGGCACAACCCCAGCUUGGGUCCUUUCCACAAUUAGACUGAAGAAAAACUAAUCAAUAAUUGUAAUAAAUUAGAAGCCAAUGUCACAGAGAGUGACGGAUGCUGCUAAUUAUCAACAAGACGCACUAAAAUGUCACAUUCUGCUUUGCCUUUCUGUAUAAUGCAAUAUCUGUUUGCUUGUGCCAAAUAAAAAUGAAAA